CAGUCUACCAAUCAGACCGCGGUGAUAUUAAUCCCCGAUUACCAUGAUCUCCGCGGAGGCGGGGGAGUUUUGUAUGUAUGUGUAUAAAUUAUUUAAGAUAUCUUAGAUACCCAGCUGAUAAAACAACUCCUUUCAACUCAACCCCUCUGACUCAGUCUCGAUCAUCCCAGAACAUCACAUCAUGUAUCUCCGAGCCGCCCACGCGGAGUCAUCUAUCCCUAUUCUGCACCAACUCAUCCGCGAGAAUCCCCUAGGGAUACUGACCACUGCAAUCCCAUCCGCCAACCACCCCACUAUUCAAUCGAGCCAUAUUCCAUUCCUCCUCGACGUGCCAGAAUCCGAGGAUGGAACACAUGGCAUCCUGCGGGGCCACAUAGCCAAGCAGAAUCCACAAGCAAAAGCCCUCAUGGAAGCGCUAGAAGCGAACUCACCAAACGAAGGGAGCCACCCACUCGAACUACCAGAUGAAGUCCUAAUUCUCUUCAACGGACCAUACCAUCACUACGUGACACCGAAAUUCUACACGGAAACAAAGCCAAAUACAGGAAAAGUCGUCCCGACAUGGAACUAUUCUGCCGCACAGGCAUAUGGCAAGAUUCGCGUAUAUUGCAAUUCGAAAUCAGAGGAGACGAGUUUGUUUCUCCAGAAGCAGGUUGAGGAACUGAGUCAGCAUGCAGAGAUGUCUGUUAUGGGGUAUACGGGAGAAGGGGACAGGCCGGGUUCGUGGAAAGUGUCCGAUGCGCCAGCGUCGUAUGUGGAGCUGUUGAAGAAGAAUAUUAUCGGGAUUGAGAUCAGGAUCGAUCGUCUGCAGGGGAAGUUUAAGAUGAGUCAGGAGAUGGGCCUGGGAGACCGACAGGGUGUAAUUGAGGGGUUUGAGCAGUUGGGGACGGAGGUUGGGAAGGGGAUUUCGAAGACUGUGAAGGAAAGGAGCGAGUUGCUGGAUUCGAAUUCGAAGAAGUAGAGUUGAAUUAUUUCUGUAUGCAUAAGUUGAUUAUUCUUACUCAUCCGCAAAGCGCAUUGUAGCGGCUAGAUACCUCUUAGAUUCAUUACCAGUGCCAGUCCUCCAAAGCUAAACCAGACAC